AUGCGCUGCAAGCCAAGGCAAGGCGUACCAGGGCGACAGGCCCGCAACCAACACAGCCGAGAUAAAAGCUUAAAGUGUGCCAAGAAGCAUCAUAGAACGUGCAAAGGCACAGAGUGCAGCACAGCAGAAGUGUCGCGAAACGCAAAAGGGGGCGGUGCAGCUUUGGGGGAAGUUGCUAGCGAUACCGAUAUAGAGCCAAAUGGAGCGUCGGGGGCCCCCGUCCCGCCUGCCCGCUCAGCAGCGGCGCAUGCAGGGGAAGGCGGGUGCUACGUGUGGGGGGGCCCCCCGGUAACCGCGUCUGCCCCGAAUUCCGGCUCAGGUGUCUCUACGGGGCCCACCGGAGUCGAUAGCCUGAGCAGCAGGCGAGCCGUACGGCUAAUUACGCUCAGACCAAUGCGGGAGCUGCGGGUGCUCCUCCCUGAGCCCCCUGAACAAGAGCAGGGGGAAGGAGUUUUCGACGAGAGACACACAGUGGCAGUCAAGCUGCUUGGAUCUGGAGGUGUGGACCGCGGCGGUCCUCGGGGGCUCCGCAUCGGCGGCAGCAGUGCAGCAGCAGCAGCAGCAGGAGGCGCCGUAACAGUUUCGGGGAUUUCUGGAGCUGCUGCAUCAGCGUCAGCAGCAGGCACGGGCGGGGCAGCAGCUGGCACUGCGGAGAUAUUCGGAUGCGAACUGCUGCCCGAAGUAGAAGUCUCUCUCCCCCCCGCUGCUCGUCUUGCCGUCUUCUCCUGGGGGGGCUGCACGCUGCAGAUCAGAGGUCAAGUACACCAGGAAUACGAGGCUGGCGACAGAGCCAUGAGCUUCAUCUGCAACUUAGCAGCUGCCCUCAAUGAAAGACGCCGCGCGGCUGCAGCUCAGCAGACCGUAGGACCGCGAGUGCUGGUGACGGGGAGUGGUGGCAGUGGGAAGAGCAGCGUCUGUCAAAUUCUCUGCAACUAUGCCCUCCGAGAGGGAUGGACUCCGGCUUUUGUGGAGCUUGAUGCGAGAGGCAGCUGUGACAAGGGCCCUCUGCAGCUGCCUCCGGGGUGUAUUGGCAGCUGCGUGUGUCGGUAUCUGGAUGUCGAAGAACCGGAGGAUCCUCUGAUCUUUUUUGUUGGCAGUAGCGUCGCUGCUGGAGGAGCAGCACCAGAAGGCGUGAUCGGACCGGGGGAUAUUUCUUUAGAGCUCUUUCCCUGGCUGUGCAGCUGUCUUAGCGCCGCUUUGCAUGCAGCGUUUGCUCAUUCGCUGCUGCAGCAUUCUGAAGCCGCCGCUACAGGAGACCCUGCUGAACUUGACGAUACCGCCGCUUGCAACGAGACGCAUGCGCCUUCCCUAGCAGCCUCAGGCUUGAUUGCCAACGCUCCGCAACAGGCAUCGCUGCAGCAGCUGCAACAACUCGUAGAGCUCUUCGGGUUCGAUGUGGUGGUCGUGCUGGAUCACCCCUCUCUCUGCCACGACCUCGCGGGAAUCUACGAUCACGUCCUUCCCGACACUGCGGAGGAGGCAGCGGCGCAGCUGCAGGGCCUGCAGCAGCAGCAGCAGCUGCGACUGCAGCAGCUAGGCGCGGCAGCAGUUCCCCCGCAACCCCAGAGAGUCGAGGUUGUUCCUCUGCCGAAGCUCGAAGGCACAGUUGCAGUGGACGGAGACGAACCGGUGCUUCAUCUGCGCGUCCCUGGAGGAAUGGGAGAUGCCUUGGGGGCGCGUUUGCUGCUGGUGCCUCACGACCUUCGUUCUAUGAAAUGCUUCCUCGAUGGCUAG